AUGAAGGAACUGUAUCUGAGGCAUCUAGCCUCUAUAAUCGACCUCAAUGAAAGAGACAUGCUCACAUUCGAACCCUGCAGCAAAACAAACAAUUCUGAAGAUCUCGAAUGCAAAAUAUUCAUCAAUCACGCCGGCCAGAAUAUGCCGGCAAACGGGAUCAGCUACAGCGACGUAAAAGAAUAUCUGCACGAGAAUACGAACAGCAAUUACGAGCAAAAAAACUCUGGCUUCCAAGAUUGGCUUGAAAGAAGUUGCUUUUGCGAAUCUUCUCCAGAAAAUAUCUUUUUGCGCUGGUACAUUACCCGGGCCCUCCCUUCUGUCUACGUUAUCUUGGUUAUUUUAGGACUUAUUGCAAACUUAGUAGUUUUCCAAUUAACAUAUCAACUUCGCCAACGUCAUGUCGUUGACGUUUACGUCAUAAGCCUGGCAGCUGCUGAUGGACUGCUGCUGGUUUCCGUGAUUCCAAGCAUCGUAGAACAGUAUUACAAUAUGACAUUUCCCUUCGGCGUCCUCGGCUGCAAACUGACCUCGUUCUUUACCUACAUCUGCAUGAUUUGCACGCGAUUCUCGAUUGUCAUUCUCGCCUUAGAUCGAUUCAUCGCCGUCAGAUGGCCAAUGAGUGGGAGAAACUAUCGUUCUGUGAAAUUUGGAGUUUACUUAUGCAUUGGAGUUUGGAUUUUCUCAGUCACUCUUAGUAUAUUUGCAUUAUUGGAUCGAAAUCUUUCAAAGCAAGACGAUAAUAUUUUCAACAAAAACGGGACUUCCUGUGUUUGGGACUUGGAGAACUGGAGAAAGAAGACCCCUCAUGCAUACACAAUAUUCUUCAUCGCCCGGACAGCCAUCACUUUUUACAUUCCUGGCGCUUUAUUAAUCCUGUUCUACUUGCUUAUUGUUUUGACAUUGGUGCAAAACCAGCAUCGAAUUGCAAAGCAUAAACGAAACAUGGCUAACUCGCUGAUGAGUACCACCUCGCGGAAAGUGGAGAACAAUAUUCUCUCGCUGAAGUCGAGGACUACGAAAGUUAUUCUAGCUGUCUUAUCGUCGGCGAUUUUAUGUGGCACGCCAAAUGCAAUUAUUAAUAUUAUUCUUGCCAGUAAAUUCGCGCAGGUGAGAUCUCAGAAAACAUUGGCCCAAAUCAAAGAAAAAUCCUAA